AUGGGUGAGCGGCGGUACACCGAGCAGGAGGAGGCCCUCGAGAUCAAGUCCCUCCGCCGCAUCAUCGCCGCCUACGCCAAGUACGCGCACCCAUCCCGCCUACUCUUCUACCCUGGCGAAUUAGCCCCCAUUCAUUCCUACGGCGUCACCGCCGCCGCAGUUGAUUGGAAGUGCAUAAACGGCGGAACUCGGUGCUACAAGCGUUUCCGCGUGCUAGUCCAGACCCUGGGAGGCUGGGACGAUGGCUUGAUGGGCUGGCCUGGAGUUUGGAGCGGAGGAUACUAUCAAGACGCCGCAGAAAGGGAUGUCAAGAGAUAUGAGCGGUCAUUCAAAAUGCUUCCUCCCGCGCACAAGGAACUUCUUUUCCACCUUGGUCUGAAGUACCAAAGACUGAGAUGGUGUAUAUCCAUGAAUGCAUCUUUUAUCAUGAACAUGCUUGAGGCAUUUGAACCCCCCUUCGACAUGAGUCAGUAUGUAGAUGCUGAUGUUCAUGCUGAUCCAUCGAACUUGCAUGACCAUAGUCAUAUGGGUUGCACUCAUUCCAGCGAGAGGGGUGAUUGCUCUAUAAUUUCUAUCUCCAGAAGCAAUUUGUCAUUGGAUGAGCAGCAUGAUAGUCCCAAAGAAGAUACCAAGACACAUAAAUCUUCAAGAGAAACUGAUAAUAAGAAGGCUGGGGAGAUCUCAUGGCAGGCUGCUCCCAGCCUGUGGGCAACAUGGGGAUGUCUCAAGGUGCAGACAUUGCAUGUAAUGGUGAUAAAGAGAGUGCAGCAGCUUAUUGCCAGGAUAAAGAUGUCUCUGCAUCUUCUGCUAUUGAAAAUGCAAGUAACACCGCGGCACUGCACAGCUUCAUUGCUCAAGUUGAGUGUUCCUCCAAUUGAUGUUGACAAGGUAAGAUGCAUAGUAAGAAAUAUUGUGAGAGAUUGGGGCGAGGAGGGUCAAAAGGAACGUGAUGAGUGCUAUAAGCCCAUCCUCGAGGAGCUUAAUCGUCUUUUUCCUAACCGGAGCGAUCAGAGGCCUCCUUCAUGUCUUGUCCCUGGUGCUGGGCUUGGGAGAUUGGCUCUUGAGAUAUCUUCUCUGGGUUUUGUAAGCCAAGGGAAUGAAUUCUCAUAUUACAUGCUGAUCUGUUCAAAUUUCAUCUUGAACCACACUCAAGAGGCUAAUGAAUGGACCAUAUAUCCUUGGAUACACAGCAACUGCAAUUCUCUUUCAGACAACGAUCAACUUCGUCCUGUUUCAUUUCCUGAUAUUCAUCCCUCAAGUGCAGGUAUCACAGAAGGAUUUUCAAUGUGUGCUGGGGACUUUGUAGAGGUCUACAGUGAGGAAAGCCAAGAAUCUGCAUGGGAUGCUGUUGUAACUUGCUUCUUCCUGGAUACGGCACACAAUAUUGUUGAAUAUAUCGAGAUCAUAUCAAAAGUUCUGAAGGAUGGUGGGGUCUGGAUUAACUUGGGUCCCCUUCUGUAUCACUUUGCUGAUUCAUAUGGGCCAGAUGAUGAUAUGUCUAUCGAAUUAAGUUUGGAAGAUGUGAAAAAAGUCGCUUACCAUUAUGGAUUUACAAUGGAGGUGGAGAAAAUGAUAGAAACUACUUACACUUCAAACAUGAAAGCAAUGAUGCAGAAUCGGUACCGUGCAGCAUUCUGGACAAUGAGGAAGGAUGCAUCUCGGUCAAAAGCUUGUAAGCCCCGUUGA